AAGCAAUGACCUUGAGCAUAAGACAGUGAGAGCAGGAAUUCUACUGCAACAGCAUCAACACGUCGAAAUCAGACACUCUCAAACUAGCACAUCUGGCUAUGUGAAGAAAAUGCUUGUUUACCGAAACUUGACAGUGACAGCAUAUAUGUACACGCACAUACGUAUGAAGAUUCAACGGCCGGCUGUCGGGAAGUGCCAUAGGUGCAACCGCUCCACUCCUUUAUCGUUAUAUAAACAAGAUGCUUCAUACUUGCUACACACAUAUCACACUCUUCGAGCCAUGGACACUCUCCCUAUGUUGUUCACCACAGCAGUGAUCGUGGGAGGCCUCUACUGGUUCAUCUGCAUCUUAGGCUCCCCUGAACGGAAGGGCAAACGUGCCAUCGACCUCUCUGGCGGCUCAAUUGACAAUGACAAGGUCCAAGAUAACUACAACAAGUACUGGUCGUUCUUCAAACGUCCUAAAGAAAUUGAAAAAACUGAUAACGUUCCUGCCUUCGUAGACACUUUCUAUAAUCUUGUCACAGAUAUCUACGAAUGGGGCUGGGGCCAGUCUUUCCAUUUCGCUCCAUCUUUACCUGGAAAAUCCUAUCUUGAAGCUACUCAAAUCCACGAAGAAACAGCCGUGGAUUUCUUGAAUGUCAAAGCUGGUGAUAAAAUUCUUGAUGUUGGUUGUGGCGUUGGCGGGCCUAUGAGGGCCAUCGCUUCUCACUCAGGUGCUAACAUCGUUGGCAUCACAAUCAACGAGUAUCAAGUGGAACGGGCUCGUAUGCACAACAAGAAAGCCGGGUUAGACACCUUAUGUGAAGUUGUUUGUGGAAACUUUCUUGAAAUGCCUUUUGAUGACAAUAGUUUUGAAGGGGCUUAUGCAAUGGAAGCUACUUGUCAUGCCCCUAAACUAGAAGAUGUUUACACUGAAAUUUACCGGGUCUUAAAGCCCGGACGUCUAUUUGUCUCGUACGAAUGGGUAACUACUGAAUUCUACGAUGCCAAUAACAAAGAUCAUGUGAAAAUUGUGCAAGAAGUCGAGAGGGGCAAUGCCUUACCGGGGUUAAGGCAUUACAGUGACAUAUCCAAGAUUGCGAAAAAAGUUGGGUUUCAAGUAGUAAAAGAGAAGGAUUUCGCCAAGCCACCGGCUGGACCCUGGUGGACAAGGCUGAAAAUGGGGAGAGUUGCUUACUGGAGGAACCAUGUUCUUGUUGUCAUUCUGUCGUUCUUAGGGAUCGCGCCCAAAGGGACUGUGGAUGUUCAUGAUAUGCUGUGCGUGACUGCUGAUUACUUGACUAGAGGUGGCGAGGCCAAGAUUUUUACUCCCAUGCAUACGAUCCUCUGCAGGAAACCUGAAUAAUAAGACUUGUCAGGUUUUUCUCAAGCCUUUCCUCUGUUUGUCUGUAAUCCUUUUUGCGCCUAAGCUAUGUGCGUUACUGGCUUUUACAAUAAAAUUAUGCUUUCUAGUUGA